CGGUACGGCUCAAUCCCAAAGACCCGCCAUUGCGAGAAAAAUGUCGCAGACGCUCAAUAUCAAUUGGUGACGACGAGGAAGAACUCUGAUUUCCCAUCUUGUUAUUUGGUAUGUAUAGUUUGUCUUCGUUCCAGAUUCAAGUAGUUUUUGGUUUGUUCUUGGUCGUUGCUUUUGUGUGGUGUAUUCGUAGAGAAUUGUGCUCCUAUGAGAAAGAGCACAGAACGAGGUUCAAAAUUUACGAUCACGAUGUGCGUGCAGUUAGUUUGGCGAGAUUGCAGUAGAAAGUACCAGUAUUCGUUCAAGUACCACACUUAUGAUAUGAGAUGUCAAGAAAAAGAAGCUGUCAAGCAAGUCUCAAAAACUCUCACGUAAAACUGCCCUCCAACUGUUCCACUACUCCGUACUAAUGUACGUACUUUAAAGUACUGUACUUCGUAGUACUUUUUACUACGUACCGUACCUUACAGCACUGUAGACGGGUUCGACUUCGAUUACUCGUUUGGAAUGUCGAGCAUGAUAACAUAGAACUUUGGUGCAAUCCUUUUCGCGCCGUAAUUAAGUUUUUCGCGCGCCCUCUCCUCCAAUGCCAAGUACGAUACGGUACGAUGGGUUCUUAGCUAGGUGUGUAGUGCGUACAAGUACGAACUCUAUGGUACGUACAUGAUGUAUUUACAGAAAGUACGUACGUAUUCGUACAGUUUUAUUUUUUGUUUUCUGAGUACGUACGAGUACAACAAGGUACGUACAGCGUACCGCCUACCGCCUACCGGAAGGGUCAACCCCCCCCCCUGCUCUCCUACCCCGAUCUGUAGUGAUCCUGGAGAUUUUAACUUCAGAGAGACCUGAGACCUGAGAAUGACUUCGAAUUCUCGAAACUGGCCUGUACUGGUAGUACGGGUCGGGUACCUUACUGUACGUACAUAGUACGAAAUGUCACAGUAUGGUAGGUAUCAUCAUACCCCUGUGGUGUGAUAUCGAUCAUCGACGCUUAUUUUUGCCUGUUGGUUUGAAGCUUCAUGAUACGAAAUUGUGCGGGUGCCAUCCCAGCUUUCAUCUGCGACUAAAUAGAAUUCGAAAGCGAAUAAGAAAACCACCGUUUCCCAUGGUACUGCGGCCAAGUGCAUCUCGACGAUCGGCUCAAUAGUUCAAGGUCGCAAAAAGAAGAGGGCGGUUCCGAAGGCGAUUCGGAGCCAGCAGCUCUGUUACCAAUAUGGAAACACCGUUUCUUUCGGCGCUGCCACCCCGUCUACCGUCGCCUGAAAACGAUUUGGCCGGCAUGCUAGGAUCUUGGAUCGACAAUUGUCCGUCGUUGGGCUUGUCGAGCUCCCAUUGCCGUGGGGAUCUUGAUGCGAUCGGUGCGCUUCGAAUGGGCAUUGCAACGAGGCUUAGUGAGCUGUCGGAUUCCAAAGACGACGCCUUCGAGAAUGGCCCAUCCGAUGUAACCAUCACAAUCGAUAUGCUACAUGAGUAUUACCAUUAUCUUUUGGAAUGUGAGCAACACGGUAUGGUACUAGAUUCUGGUGGGCGUGGUGGGUCGUCACCCAGCAAAUUUCUGGCGCUGGAAUGGGAAUCGGGAGUCGUAACUAUGGGGCCUUUCAAGAUUCAAACCUCGACCAGCCUUGAGUUGGAACGAGCGAACAUCAUUUGGAAUUUGGCUGCGUUGGAAGCUCGUCAGGCGUCGACCCAAACUCUGACGACGAAAUUGGGUUGGGCGAAAGCCUCGGAAAGUCUUCAGAAUGCCGCUCGUUGGCUUGUUCACGCACUUGCGCUGUUACAGGAACACGCCAAAUCGCAACAACAAUACCAGAACCCACAGCAUGCAGAUAUGAGUCCCACCUUCAUUCGAUUUUGGCAAGCCCUUCUUUUAGCACAAGCACAGCAUUGCAUUUACGAAUCUGUGACUGGUGCUCAUAUCCGACGACCAGGGCAUGUCUUGGCGUCGAAAUUAGCAGUUGCAACUGCAGCUUUGUACAACGACGUCGAAUUGAUUUUCGAAAAGGACACACAAUUACCAGCGCCCGUACUGUUACCAUGGUCUGAUCUCGCUCAAAGAUGGGCAUAUUUUGCUCGCGCUUGGUGUGUGCAGAUGCGCUGUAAGGCCGAGUACCACAAAUCGCAAGAAGAUAGAAACAAAAUGUCAUAUGGACAUGAACUAGCCCGAUUGCAGGUGGCACACCAACACGCUUCAAUUUGCCAAGCUCUAUGCGACGAACCAUCUAUUUCAUCGUCAACGACACUUGCGAAACUCAGUGUGGUCGUAGACGAUACAAUGGAACUCUUGCAGAAUAGGAUUGACAUGAUAAGACGAGAAAAUCACGAGCAACACAGCCAAGCCAUCCCAGGAACGCACGAAUUGGUUGAAAUCCGGGGCCGGAAUGUUGUGAAUGCAGAAGAACCCCUGUCGAACUUGCUAAGACAAAAAGUUACCCGUCCAAUAUUCCAAGAGAAUGUAAACAUCCCAUUUGAUAGUGGGAGCGUUCCCAGUAUUGACGAUGAUAACGUGAAAAAAAUGUCAGCAACAAAAUCAAAAAAUCUAUCACCAACGUCAUCGGCAUCAAUCACGUCGCCCCUCUUCGCUGAAAUGAAAAAACCUUUUGUGCAAAUUGUGGCUCCUCGAGUUCAAACGUAUGUGGAGGUUUUCCAAUCCUCGAUGAACGAAAUCAUUUCUCAGAUUGCCAAGGAGUCCGAGGAAAAGACUGAAUUGGCACGUCAAGCGCUGAACGAAAAGAAUUUGCCUCAUUCUCUGACUGCCUACCAGCAAGAAAUAUCCGGUGGUGGGCUACCGAACGAUUUAUGGCAACGCGUGUAUGUUAUCCAAAAAGAAGAUCGAGUUGUUAAGUUGAAACUAGAUUUAUGGGUAUUGAAGGAAGAGGCUGAGUCGGCGCGAAAAACAUAUGAAAAUAUCAAAUCUCAGCUUGAUUUUCACGAAGAGACCGAUCGAAAGUUCCGAGAAGAAAAUUCUGAAUUUGAAGGACCUGACCCUAAGGAUAUCCAAAGAAUAUUUCGAGAACGCCUUGAGACCUUUGGUACAUAUCUAUCUACCGCACAAGAAGGUGAAUCUACCCUUUUUCAACGAUUGGAACAGCUGGACAUCGAACCCAAAUACAAGCUACUCCAGUUCUCCAAAUCGCAGCUGGAUCACCUUUUACCUGCCGCGAGGGAGAACACUGUUUCCAGUAUGAUAUUCGAUACACGCAAAUUGAGUGCUUUGUGGACAGAACUCUCUGCGCUCUUCCAGGAACGAGAUGAUCUGUUGACCAUGUUUCGUAAUGAAUUCGAAAGCUAUGAUAUUGUUGCGGCACUGGAGGCGAGAGUGGAUUCCAAAAGCGGAACAGAUCAGGAUUAUCUAGAAGCGACGAAAAGCGCACAACAACCUUUUGAUGGCUUGAGGUAUAAAUUACAGAAUAACUUUAAGCGACAACAAGGAUUACUAAACUCAAUUUUGAGUCUCAACGAAGCCUUCAUGAACGCAAGAGAGAGAACGACCAAUUCUCAAUCAGCCGACUUGUGCAUUGUCAUGAUCGAAGAUGCGAUUGAAGAAAUUAACCAACUGUCUACUCAUUUGAAAGAAGGCAAAAACUUCUACAGUGUCGUUAUUCCGAAUAUGGAUAAACUGAAGCGCGAAGUUGGUGAUAGUUUGACUAAACUAGCAGUGGAUCGGUUUGAUUACGAGGAUAAGGUUAGGCGCGCGAGCCAGGAAGAAAAGGAUGCUUUAAUGGCGAAAAACUUGUCUUCUCAAACGGCUGCAAUUCAGGUUCCCACGGCUGCAACUUCCUCUGCUGCGUGUCGAUCUUCACCGAGUAACGCGAGCACGAGCGAAUUGCCACAAGCAAAUCAGCAAAGCGUUGCCGCUUCUGCUUCUAGUGCCCGGGCAAUGAGGAACGUCGAUGAUGGAAAAGUCGCAAAAUUAGUAGCAAUGGGAUUUGAUGCUGAAACGGUUGUGGCUGCACUGGAAAAGCAUGACGACAACUUGGAUAAUGCUGUUAAUGAGCUUUUAUCGUGCUAACGUGUAACUCAAAAUUCUAGACAACGGAGACAAGCUAUUCAAGUGACAAAAUCUGUUCUAAUAGUAAUGUGUCAAAGAAACAGAUCCAAGAAGUGUGGCAAGAAUGUGGGGAAAUAAUGCAUAUUGAUAUUCAGCAAGGAAAGCUUCUGGUAGCCAUCACUUGUGACCAAGAAAGUAUUGUGUAUGCACCUUCAGUUACAUUACUCGUACUAGUAGUACUACUAGAAGUAAACCUUGAGUGCAAUGCCACUCCUCUUUUGGUUGGAAGUACUACUACUACUACUAUUCAUUCUUCAUACAGUAGUCCUAUCCAUUACUGAAAGGGUCAUUAGGGGUUGUGGCAUAGUGGAAGGUUAUUCUGGAUCGGCAAAGCUCCAAUGAUUAUGAAUUGUACCGGUAGAAAAGAGUAAAAUUGACUAGAUUUG